UGUAGAGCAGGAGGGGAGACGAUCGAUCGUCCUGAUCAAACUGUAAUUAAGCUAGCAUCAUCAUCAUCCUAGCUCCAGGAUGGUUCAGCCAUUGGUCUUUGCUGUGGGGAUCGUAGGCAACAUCUUGUCGUUCCUGGUCAUCCUUGCGCCAGUGCCGACGUUCUACAGGGUGUACAGGAAGAAGUCGACGGAGUCGUUCCGGUCGGCGCCGUACGCGGCGGCGCUGCUGAGCGCGACGCUGUGGCUCUACUACGCGCUGCUCACCUCCGACCUCCUCCUCCUCUCCAUCAACUCCCUCGGCUGCCUCGUCGAGUCCCUCUACCUCACCAUCUUCCUCCUCUACGCCCCCAAGAAAUCCAUGGUGUUCACUGUGAAGCUGGUGUGCGCCAUGAACCUGGGCCUCUUCGGCGCCAUGGUCGCCGUCCUGCAGCUCUGCGUCAAGGGCGAGCGGCGCGUCACCCUCGCCGGCGGCAUCGGCGCCUCCUUCGCCCUCGCCGUCUUCGUCGCCCCUCUCACCAUCAUCAGGCAAGUGAUGAGGACCAAGAGCGUGGAGUUCAUGCCCUUCUGGCUCUCCUUCUUCCUCACCCUCAGCGCCGUCGUCUGGUUCCUCUACGGCCUCCUCAUCAAAGAUUUCUUCGUCGCGACACCGAACGUGCUGGGUUUGUUGUUCGGGGUGGCGCAGAUGGUGCUCUACGUCGUGUACAAGAACCCCAGGAAAAACGCCGCCGUGUCGGAGGAGGCCGCCGCCGGCCAGGCCCAGCAGGUGGAGCUCAAGGACCAGCAGCAUCUGCAGCUACAGCUCCAGGCGUCGCCGGCGGUGGCGCCCCUCGACACCCACGCCGACUUGGAGGCCGCCGCCGCCGCCGCCGACCUGCUGCAGGCCGGGAGGCCGGUGCCGGCCGGCGUCGCCGUCGACAUACCGCCGCCGCCACCGCCGCCCGUGGAGGUGGCGUGA